AUGGCUUUGGGAGGAAGGUUAUGGAACCUUCUGCUAUGUCCUUUGUUCUACUAUGUGGUUUUGUUUGGCUACGUCAUGUUUGCCAAAUCUUUCAUCAAACAACCACGUCAAGACUUGUCAAGACCAACAACUUCGCCGACGACGACCACAACGACCAUCCACCAUCGCAGACAAGGCACGAGGGCCCAGCAAAGCCACCGACGAUUCGACCUGAGCACGCACCCUCCUCGCCCAUUGACAAAUGGCCACAAGUGCCCACCCUCCGCUUCGUGUCCACGAGUGCUCACGACCACACGACUGGACAGCAACUCAACAAAGGGCGAAGAGCGCCCACCCACGACUUCACGAGUGCCCACCACGACCUUUGACGAAGGUCGACAAGCGCCCAUCCACGACUCCUGCACGGUCACUGGCACCUCCCACGUCACCCCUCCCCAAGGGAGGGCAUGCCGCUCAUUGGCAGCCACGUCACCGUGCAACGUGAUGCAAGGACGACAACGCGGACAACAAACGAUGGACGGACGAUGGCGAAGAUACGCCGAGGACGACCAGCGUCCACACACCACCACCAUCGACGAAGCACGACGGGCGCCCACUCACCAGUUCGUGAGCGCUGCACCACCAUCGAUGAAUGGCGACGAGCGCCCACUACCACACGAAGGACCCCACGAGUGUGGGACGACGAUGACGACGAGAACGUCGUCGUCUUUGGUUUAUAUUGGAUAUAGUAAGUACCCCCCACCUCUAACUCUAUCACUCCCACCCAACCCCCUCCAUCACUCCCUCCCCCCCUUCCUCAGUCCCUCCCUCUCUGCAGUCCCUCCCUCUCUGCACUCUCUCCCUCUCUGCACUCCCUCCCUCUCUGCAAUCCCUCCCUCUCCCUUUCCUCACUCCCUUCUUCCCCCCUCCCUCACUCCUGUCCCCCCUCCCUCACUCCUUUCCCCCCUCCCUCACUCCCACCCUCUUCCCUUUCCUUAA